AUGACUAAAAUCCUUAAAGUAAGAGCGCUGUUAACCAUAUUUAUUUCCUUCUAUGUGAUUGGUCUGUAUGGAGCUACGGUCAAGAACAAGCGUGAUCAUGAAGGAGCUGCUUACGAUGACGUAUCGGCCUAUGUUGAAACCAAAGAUCAAAGUUACGUGGCUCCAAAAAAUUACAAAUCAGCUAAUGAUUAUUCUUCGGGACCUUCAUCGGUAUCUUAUGAUAAGCAGAAAUCAGCUGAUGAUUACUCUAGACCUCUCUCGUCAUCUUACGAUGCGCCGGAUGAUUCUUACUCUCGUCCAUAUUCAGCCCCUUAUGACAAUGGCGGUCGCUCCGAUUAUUCCAGCAAAAAUUCUUAUAGUAGGUACGUUCCCGCUUCUUACCCUAAUGACUAUUCCAAUUCAUACGGUUCUUAUAAAAACGACAUCAAAGGGGGAUAUUAUGAUAAUGACAAAUAUAGUUAUGAUAACUAUAAUAGAGGUGGUGUUUAUGGCAAUUCAAAUUCUUACGGUAACAGUUAUAAUAGAGGAGGCGAAUAUGAUGACAAUGACAAUUCUUACGGGGAUAGAUAUGGGGCGCGAGCAGGUUACAAUGGAGGGAGUAAAUAUAAUUCCUAUGGGCAAGAUCGAUAUGGGGCCUAUAGGCAAGAUCGAUACGGGGCCUAUAGGCAAAGUGGUUACGGUGGGUCUGACUAUGCCCCUGCCCCUUAUGAUGGUAAGGGAGCUUCCGACUACUAUAGAACAUAUUAG